AUGGGUAGAGAAGGGCACGUGAGAAGGAGAACUGUGAACCCCCAGGCCCGCAGCCCCAAACAGAAAACCCCGUUUGGUUCCCCCGAUCCUUCUUGGGGCAUUGCCACAGGAACCCUGGCUGUGACAACUCGGGCUCCCUUCUGCAGCGGCCUGGGGGCACCGCGGGUGGGGCGGGGGCGGAAGUGGCCUGUCCAGCCAGCCCUCCCCGUGCCCCCGCCAUCCUCCUGGUGGUGGGGGGUGCGGAGGGGUUACAGUCUGCACAGCCAGAGCAGUGACGCCCCUCCUGGUCCUGCCCUGGCCGGGAUUGGGGUGGGUGGGUGCUUGGCCAGGCUUCUGGACCAGGGACACCCCCAAGAAGCCCACGCCGGGUGGUCGGUCACUGCUCACGCCGGAGCUGUCUGA